CGAGAGUGUACAAGAGAUAAUAAUGAAUUGGGCCAGAGCCAUAAGUGUUGGACUUAGCAGAGGCUGUCAUCGUACUUGUCGUCUUCACCGUAUAAUAACUAUCGCCUGGUUCUGAACAGUGUGUGUUUCGGAAUUCGAUUCCGACGAGGAUGUCGUCGUCGGCGUUGGGUUCCCCGAAGAAGCGGCUGAGAGCCCAAACAGAGGAGGAGGAUGAGGAAGAGGUAGUUUGUUGCGGGAUUUGCUACGCCGAGAGUGGGGUUUCGAUUGCAGGGGAAAUCGAUUGCUGCAGCCACCACUUUUGCUUCGUUUGCAUCAUGGAAUGGGCCAAGCACGAGUCUCGCUGCCCAAUUUGCCGCCAGAGAUUCUCCAACGUUCGCAGGCUCCCUAUGCAUGGCGUAUUUUCUUCUUCCAGGGACGUUAAGGUCCCCCAUCGUGACCAGCUUUAUCAUCCUCAUGGAAAUAUGGCAACUGGUCCUGCUGAUUCUUAUACUGAAACCAAAUGUGGUGUUUGUCAUGCCGGGACAGAUGAACAUCUUCUACUACUUUGUGAUCUUUGUGAUACUGCUUCACACACAUACUGUGUUGGCCUGGGCUAUACUGUUCCUGAAGGUGAUUGGUUUUGUCACGAUUGUGCUAUUUCCCGGAAGAUCAAUAUCAAGGAAGACUCGGACCAACAAAAUGUUGUGCCAACAGCUGAGCCCAGAGUAACCGUCGAUAUCUUUGAUAUUGUGAGGGAAACAGGCAGCCAGGUGGUUCAGAGACCAAGGGCAUCUCCUUUACAACAGAACCUUUCAUCUCCUUCCGUUAUUCCUUUACCUGAUAGGUUAAGUUACUUAAGUAGAUUAAAAGGAAAAAGACCUGUCACAGGGUUCUGUCAUAUGCAGCGGAAUGUAAAGGCUUUUCGUGAAAAUUGGAAUGCUUUGAGAAGUGGUUCAUUACAGUUCCGUUGCAAUUCAUCUCAACCUGGAAGCACAGUUAGUCAAAAACAAGAUUCUAGUUCCUUAUCACAUCACAAAUUGGAUGAUUUGCAUUCUAUGGCUUCCACAAGCCUUCAACAAUCGACUGUCCAAGGUGGUCCUUCUAAUAAAAUGUUGAAUGAGAGAGUCUUUAAAGAUGCUGACAAGGCAUGGAAAAUGAUGGACAGGGCAAAGAAAAUACAACUGCCUCAUCAUAGAACAGGCAGAGUAGAUAAACCCUCAUGCAGUGGAGGAGCUAGAAAAAUAUCAUUAGCACAUUGCAACUUCUCCGAAGUGAAAGAUCAACAUUCCAAAGCAUUAGACUUGAGGAACACUAAAAAAGAGAAGCAGUGUGACUAUUCUAGGCUCAACCAGAAUUUGGAAAAUCGCUCUACUCUGAAGUUGGAAGAGAAAAGGCAAAGUAGGGAUACAUGUGAGAAGAUGAUACAUGUGAGGGACCAUACUACUCAUUCAAAAGGAUAUUGUGAACGCCCAUUGUCAAGAAAGGUCCAUACUAGUAUCCAGGGUGGUCCCUGUCGUGAAGAUGGACUGAGAAAUGUUGCUGAGGAACAAAGCUUGUAUGCUUGCUUGGUAACAUCAGCAGAUUUAGCUUCCUCUCGUGACAAAUUUGGCAGUAUGUUCUCUAAUAGGGGUGUGAAUCUUGUUAAUGAAGAAAAGAGAUUGGCUAAAAGCUCUGAGGAUGGAAACACAAGAAAUAUUGUUGAUUCAAAAACUGAGAUCCAGUCUCUUGUUAAAUUGAAUCUGAAGCUCUUAACUAGAGAUAAAAAAUUAGGCUUUGAUACCUUCAAGGUAGUUGCAAGGCAGGCCACUCAUACCAUCUUGGCUGCUUGCAGUUCUGAUCAGCAAAAGUCUAGUACAUCCUCCUCUAGCUCAGUAUGCAGCCAUGCCGACAAUACUCCUCAGUUUCAGAAAUCUACUUUAAUGCCUAAUUGUUGCAGGCAAUGCUUUUAUAACUUUGUAAACAAUGUUGUCCACUCCACCAUAUUGGAGAAAGUGGGUUGCGCUUGAUCUACAUUUUUUUUUCUCUUUGGUGAGUGCAUUAGCAUGCAGCUACUCUGUAAAAAAAAUUAUGUUGCUUCGUGGCUCAGGCAACUGCAUUGUAAAAUUUAUGUCGUAAGUUGGGGAUAGCAGUGUAAUCUAUUUAUUUUCUACCUGAAUGGAAUAGGAAUUGAGAAUAUAAAUUGUAAAUUAGAGUAUUCUUCUGUUUAUUGACUCUUCAAGAUUGCACAAUAAUCAUCA